AUGGCUUCAUUCUUGCCUCUUCGUCCUGCCCUGUUGUUCUUAGUCCUCAUGAGUGUGACUCUCAUGACAUCGGCAUUUCCCCAGCCUCAGCUUCGACCUCUCCAAAGUAACUUGCCUGCUAUUGGUCAAGAAGACUCCAAAGGUGAGCAGUGGGAGGUGGUGUAUCCAUCCAUCUCGCUCCGUGAUUGGAGCAUUCAGAUGCUGACCGCCCCUGAUUUUGGUGCAGCUAAGGCUGGGAGGGAGCAGCUGGUGGCAGAUGAUUGGCUCCCGCUCAGCCAAUCACAGAUGGAGGAGGAGCUGGUGAAGGGCUGGACGGGUGAUUGGCCUUCACGGGUGGGACACCAGCAGAAGAGAAACAUAGUGGUGGCAGAUGACGCUGCGUUUAGAGAGAAGAGUAAGCUGUUGACAGCAAUGGAGAGACAGAAAUGGCUCAAUUCCUAUAUGCAGAAGCUCUUAGUAGUUAAUUCAAAGUAAUUGUAAUCUUUAUGUACUUGUAUAAAUAUAUAUAUAUGAGAUGUAUAGGGACAAAUGCAUUUUGUGUGGGAGAAAAAGAUCAUGAGGUAAACAAUUUAAGAGGUAGUUCAAUUAAGAAUUAAAAUUCUGUCAUUGAAUACUAAUUUCAGUUUGAUCCUUCUUGCAUGGAAAAUGGAAAUAUUCAGUUAAUGAUAUGGAUUUUGAAUGACAUGACACAGAUACAUGAUGAGAACUGUAUUUUUAGUUGAUCUAUCCCUUUAAAGACUCAUAAUCACAGUAUUUUAAAACUGUAUGCAGAUAAAGGUGCUUUUCUUUUCACUUUCUUUUUAGAAAAUCUUUGAAUAAGGGAUGCAUGAUGUGU